GAUUUUCAACCAGAAAAAGGCAGUGUACUAGUUUUGAUCUGCGCAUGCGUUGUCGUCUACUUUAUUUGUUUACAUUGCCAGAUAUACUUUGAACGACAGACAGAAGUAAUGCAUUCGAUGAGAGAAAAACAGUAGAGAAAACCAAAGAGAGAAAUCAUGUUGAAGUUGUCCAUGAACACCCAGACCGUUUUAGCGGGAAUAUGCGUUGGUCUUUUGGUGUAUUACGUCAUCAAACGGAUGCGGUAUCGUCUGCCACCCGGGCCAUGGUGUAUCCCUCUUGUUGGUCAUUAUAAAAUUUAUUCAUCUCCCGAGAUGCACAAGAAAAUCGCAGCGCUGUCCAAGGACUACGGCCCUGUCGUCCGAGUUUCGUUUGGCCCCCAAACCUGGGUUGUGCUUAAUGACAUCAAUACCGUGGUGGAAGCCAUGGUCAAAAGGAAGGCUGAUUUUGCCGGGAGGCCGCACUUUACAUCAGGUGAUGUGUUCACAGAAGGAGGAAAGGAUAUAGCCUUCAGCAAUUAUUCAGCUUCCUGGAAAUUCCAUAGGAAAAUAGCCGGAAAGGCUCUCAGGCAUUAUCUACAAGGAGAUUUACUGGAAAACAUGAUUCAAGAGAACAUGAAUAAAUUUUUGAACAAGAUGGCCGAGGAAAAAGAGCCGUUUAUGUUUAAAGAAUACGUCGAUCUGAUGGUUUUUCAUCAACUAUACACAAUAUGCUUUGGAGAAAAGCGUCCCACAGAUGACCCGGAAGUGAAAAACCUGCUUAAGAUAGACAAUGAUUUGAUUGACAAGCUAGGCACCGGGGUUUUUGAGGAUAUAAUCCCCUAUUUUAAAGACAUCUAUCCAACGAAAAAAUGGCAGAUGUUUCUCUCCAUGGUGGACGAAAUGCUCACAGUUCUUAGAAGAAAAUUUAGAGAGCAUGUUGAAACCUUCCAGCCAGGAGUCAACAGGGACUUCAUUGACAGCAUGUUAAUCGCUAAACAGGAAGCGAAGGAUGAGGGCGAUGAGGCGGCCCUGGAGGUCAUGGAUGAUACGCACCUCGUUCAGACAAUAUCUGAUAUCUUCUUUGCGGGGGUAGACACUACUCGUUUCACAAUGGACUGGUUCGUUUAUUUCAUGACACGAUUUCCGGAAGUCCAAGCAAAAUGUCAAGAGGAAAUUGACGGAGUUGUUGGAUCAGAACAACCUUCAAUGAAGGACAGAAGCAAAUUGGAUUACACCGAGGCCUGUCUGUUUGAAUCGAUGCGACUUUCGAAUGUUGUAGGCAUAGGGCUCCCACACAUGACAAUUUGUGAUUCACAAGUUGGUGGAUACGAUGUCCCAAAAGGUACCACUGUAAUCAUCAACCACUGGGCGCUUCACCAUGACCCUAAAUAUUGGAAGGACCCAGAAGAAUUUGACCCACUACGCUAUCUCGAUGAAAACGGUAAAAUGAAACCCGCAAAACCAGAGAGUUGGCUUCCGUUCUCAGCCGGACGUAGAGUUUGCUUGGGAGAAAGUUUGGCCAAACCAGAAAUCCUACUGAUGUGUGCCAAUCUUCUACAGCGAUUUGAAAUAAGUCUCCCAGAGGGCGUGAAGCCGAAUUUAGAGCACCGACUUCCGGGCUUUGGCGUAGAGCUUCCGUCCGAUUACAAAAUCGUGGUGAAAGAGAGAAAUAGAGAUUAAAGAAUAAUGGCGCUUGCGAUCUUUUUUGUAUUACAGACACCACUAACACAACUGACUAUUUAAUAUUAAUACAAUGUACUACACUUGCACUUUUAAAACCCACAUGACUUACAUCACCUGUGUAGGGAAUUAUAAUCCUUGUUUAAACUACGAGGCAAUUAUAGUUGUGUCAUGUAGUAUUAUCUUAUUUGUUAAAUCUAAAUGUUUAUACGGUAUCAUUUUGUGAAACCAAAUAUGCAAUUGUUUUUGAACAAUUAUGUGUUAAAUGCAUUCAGUAACAAUGUAUAUCAGAAUUUCUGAAAGAUACUUUUCAAAUUCUCUAUUUGUCUUAUUUAAUAUAAUGUAGCUUGUUGUUUUUUUAAAGUAUAAAUUGUAAAAAAAAAAUGUUUUCUAUUGUUAUUUUUCUCGCUUUUUGACACAUUGGAGUUAGAAUUAAAUGAAAUGGUAAUUAUUUUACUUGUAAAUCAAAUGUAAAAUAAUUGAUACCGAACACAACAACUCUACAAUUUACAAAAAAAGAUUUAGAGACUGUCUAGAGAAAAACCAAGCGAUAUUGAUGGUUUUACCCUAUCACUAAAAUAUCUUACCAAUAUUAUAUCUGAUGAACAUGUACAUGUAUUCCUGCUAUCUGAGGAUUUCAACAUGCCUAUAUAUAUAUAUAUUAUUUAAAAUCUG